AUGCUUACUGCCUGGCAAAGAACGCAGCUCAGUCACAAAACAGUGACCCAAGAACGCAAGUCUGGAAGAGAAUGUAAGAACCUGGGAAAGAGAAUGUCUCUACGUCCCUCGAACGCCUAUGCUCCUAGGCCAGGUCGUGGUCCUGGCUCGUGUCCAGGCACCGGAGAGCAAAGGACAACGGCAAGCCGUCCUUGCCGCAGCAAAUCAGGAGUCAAGACAGGGCUCGAUAUGAAGGAAGUCGACCAGGAAGCAAGGGAUGCUCAGCAGCACGACCCAGUGAUGAGCGCUUCGGAGAUUUUGAGCAGCACAAAGUGA